CAGUGGACAAUGAUUCUCUGAAAAAAAAGAACGCAAUACCUUGUCUAAGUAUGGCCCAUUUUUUCGAUGGUUAGGUCCUACGUGAUGUUCGCCGCGAGUGCGAGGAAGCGCAAUGAAUCGAUGCAACAGCGUUCCCCGCGCGAUAAUGUUGGCGACAAGUUGGUGAAUAUUCCAUCGCAAAAAAGUGCAAUUGUCGAAUUAACAAUAUUCAAUCAUCCGAUCAUCUGGUACAGUGGAAGAAAGUAGUGGGUGUGUGAAGGAAAAUUAAGUUUAAUGUGUAUCUUGAGAUUGGAGUAUAAACAAGAGUUUAUAGGAUACAAAGGAAUACAAAGACAUUUGGGGAAGUAGAGUGCGGGUGGGAGCAAGGUGUUUGAGGGUGAAUUGGACUCCCAGAAUUUGCUAUGUCCGUUGAGGACAAGCAGCUGCCGUUACUUGACGCUGCUGGUUAUUGUGAACACGAUGCUCCAGGACUCGAGAUCAUCGAGAACAACAGGAGGCGGCAGUGCGGCUUCAGCCGGUGGAGAAAGGACUCUCACCAGGAGGAUGACCGGGAACGGAUGCGCCAGGAGAUCAGAGCGGAAUUACAAUAUUGGCCCGACGUCAGAUCUAAUUGUCAACGAUUUUGACGAUGAGAGGACACUGGAUGAGGAGGAGGCGAUGGAGGGAAGUGAGGAUUCGCAUAAUGAACUUUCGAAUCUUCAAAAGGAAGGUGACAUGCCUCUGAAGGAACUCCUAGCAAAAUACUACGGUCGCACAUCUUCAGACUCCAACAGUUCCGACCGCCUCCCCCUUGCCCGAGAGGAGGAUCCAGAUCCCGUUCUCCAGUCAUCGGAAAAAAUCGAGAAUGAGGGUGAGGAGUUCGAGGACGAGGAGGAAGAGGAAUACGAGGACGAUGACUCUCAGCCCAGUUUACGUCAAUUCUAUACAGAGCUGGUUAAAGAAAAGGAAGCAGAGCGUUUAGUAACGACCGAAAAAUCUUCAGGGGGUGUGGCACCUCGAAUGGAAGCCCCAAGGGAAGGAAUUCCAGUAAAUAAUCCAGCAGGAGCUGACGUCGAGAUUAAUAACGAGAAUAAUCCAGCACUUGUUGUUGACGAGGACAUAAAUUACGAAGAUGAAGAGGAUGACGAUGACAGUGAAGACAGUGAGAGUACUGGAGUUCCAGGGGCUACAGUUCCAGGAGUGAGUGAUACUGCGGGCGUUGGAGGGACUGGAAGUGGUGGUGGUGGAUCCUCAAGACUCCUUAGAAGUGUCUCACGUCCUCAAAGUGAAGAAGAAGACGACGAUUGCGAUUACAGUCCUGACGAGGAGGAGUGGAAGAAGACGAUUAUGGUUGGUAGUGAUUACCAAGCUACAAUUCCUGAAGGCCUCUGUCGUUACGAUGACGCGCUGCCUUAUGAAAACGAAGAUAAAAUUCUCUGGAAUCCCAGCUUUAUACCUGAGACGGAAACCGAGGAAUUUCUUGAACGUGCACAGUUGCCGAAUAACAAAAGCAGCUCGUUGCCAGUUGGGGCCCAUGUAAGGGAUGAUGAACAAGCUCUCUAUCUUCUCCUGCAGUGUGGAUAUAAUUUGGAGGAGGCUUUGCGGAGGAGGAGAAUGAAUGUGCUCCCUCCUAUUGACGCUAUCAGCCUCUGGUCUGAGGAAGAGUGUCAUAAUUUUGAAUCUGGACUGAGAACUUAUGGGAAAGAUUUUCAUCUUAUUCAAAAGAACAAGGUAUAAAUUGUUUUGCAGUGAAAAAUAUUAAUUAAUUUCUACUUGGAGUCUUUACAAAUAUCGUGGAAAUUGGCAGGUGGAGGCAGUAAUGUCAGAGGAUAUUUUCUAGUGUAUUUGGCGAAUUAGAAGAGAGGUCUCCUGAUACUUUUCUCAGAAACCACUAGUUUCAGAUAUAGGCAUGAAAAAAUAUAUGCGAGAUUUCCAAUUAGUUUAAUAUAAAUUUCCACAAAAUAGGGUAAAUGUCUUUGGAACUAGUGAUUUCAGAGGAAAACAUCUGAAAGCCUUUUUAUCAGCUACCUUGCAUUUCUGCGUAGCGUUUUCAUUUUGAAAAAUAUUUGCGAUAGAAUUAAAAGUAUUUAUUCAAAAUAGCACAAGCAACCACUCCUGAAAUUUUAAAAUUUUUGCAACUGUUAGGUACAGUUCUCUUUUUCACCUUGAUACAAAUUCCAAUUCACUAGCCCAAGUUGAUUAUUCAGAAAUAAAAGCAACAAUAUGCACCGGAUAGUAGGUGUUAGCA